CACUCUUUCCCUCUCUAUUUUAACUUCCUUUAUUGCUGCGUCUCUAUCACCGGCAUCCAGUUCAGGGUGUGGGAGGGAUCUGCAUGUAUUCAUGUAAGACUCAACUCAGGUGGGCACCAAGAAGAACGUUAGAAACAGCGUUGCCGUCCUUUUCUCUGAGGGGGCCCUGUAAAAAUAUGGAGCUUUUGUACUGAGGGCCUCCCCAGGCCAACAAACAAACCCGAAGCAGAAGCACAGAUCCCUUCAUGGUGGCUGAGGAGGUCAUCAUCACCCUCUCCGGAGGAGCACCAUGGGGCUUCAGACUUCAGGGAGGAUUAGAGCACCAGAAGCCUCUGCAGGUCGCCAAGGUGCGAAAGCGAAGUAAAGCAUGUAGAGCUGGACUGCGUGAGGGAGAUGAACUGGUCUCCAUAAAUGACAAUUCCUGUGGGAGUUUGUCACAUGCCCAGGCCAUGAACCUGAUCGACAGCAUGCCAGGAAUGCUACACAUCCGGGUUAAGAGGGCACCGGCUGGCUUUCAGUCGGUGGUUCUUGUUGCUCGAGCUCCCUCUCCACGCAUUGAUAAAGAGUACCGUGCUGCCCUUAGGGCCAUGUCCCCAUCCAGCUCCAGACCUCACCAACCCAGCGUCCGACAGAUCCACCGCGGGUCCCUGAUAUCCCCAACUGGCCGCAGCGGCUUGACCUCCCCUCCAGGAAGUGAAGCCUACUACGGAGAAACAGACAGCGAUGCAGAUGUGGCAGCCCACGAGAGGCAACGCAAGCCAAAACGACGCAGUCCCAGCAAUUCUCCCGGCAAGGCUGGUCGAGCCUCACCAGAAGGAGCAGAGACUUCAGAGAUGAGCGGGUAUGACAGCGCAUCGGACGCCCAAGUUUACCAUCUUCUGGGGCAUAAUGAGAGGGGAGACACGUUGCGCGGCGUAGCCCGCAAAGAAGUGAUUUACCAGCCUCCUUUGUCUGGAGUCUGGUCCUCACAGACAUCCACUGAGACUUCAUCCGUAAGUGCGGACGACCAGAACCCACAAGAAGGACUAAUGGAGGAGGAUAGUGGAUUCCAGGAGACCACAAAUGUUCCACUUGUGUCUCCAGAGAGAGCCAAAGAAGCUCUGAUGUUGAGCUCUCGUGCUCAGUUGGUGCCCAUGGUCGGACCAGUUGACAAUCCGGUGGAUGAGGAACUCACCUUAACAUACAUGGAUAAAGCUAAACAAGCAAAAUUGAACCGUGGAGAGACAGUCAUGGAUAAACAGGUGAAAGAGGCUCGAUCCAAAUGCCGCACCAUUGCCUCACUACUGACAGAUGCACCAAACCCUCAUUCAAAGGGUGUUUUGAUGUUCAAAAAGCGCCGUCAGCGCUCCAAGAAAUACACCCUGACCAGCUUUGGAAGUGUUGAUGAGGACAUGAGACAGAGCUCUCAAGAUGAGGAUGGCACAUUUCCCGGCAGCGAAUCAGAGUUUGACGAGGAAGGCUUUUCUGCUGCACCUGAUCCCACUUGGGACAGUGACUACCUUGACAUGUUGGAGAAAAGAUCAGUAUCCAGAGGAUUGGAAGGAGAGGGUGGGGGUGCUCUCAGUCCAGGUCUGAGUGACACCUCUGGAAAGGGGGCACAGUUGUUUGAGCAGCAAAGGAGGAGGGCUGAGGAACAUGCAAAGAAAAUGGAAGCUGCCCAGGAACACUUACAAAGUCAAAUGCAUGCAUUUCCUGAACUAAAGACACAACCUCAACUGCCUCCAGACCUACUGGCAAAACCUAAUGUCCAGCCGCCACCAGUUGCUCCCAAACCUACCAAACCUUCAAAAACUCACGAGGAGGUCCCACCAACAGAAAUGCAAACAAACAUCAGCACACCUCAAGCCACCCCGACUAUCCCUGAAGAUAUUUCAAACACAAUAGUGCUAGCUCCUGUGGUGCCUAUAACUAAUCUCUCAAUAAUGCCAGCAGAAACCGUGAUGCUUCCAUCUCCUACUCCUCUACCGGAACUUCCUCCCAGCUCUGUGUUAAACCGAACUGCCAGACCUUUUGCCCCAGGCUGCAUUACCCACCGGGCAGCUACUGCUCCUGUUGUCUUUCGCCCUUCAGUCAGUAAGAAGACACCUAGACCUGUUUCAGUGGCUGUGAUGGCACCUCCAUUCUCAACAGCAUCCGAGGAGUGUACCAUGGGUGUCACCUCUGCAUCCUUCGCUAGCCAGCUCACAGGAAGCCAAAGUGCUGAUGCAUUUCCGCAAAUGAUACCCACACACCAUUUAAUGCCUGGCAAACCUACUGCCCCUCCAACUGCAUCUGUGGAAUCAUAUUCUCAACCUGCGCACCACUUCUCUUCAGUGGAGAACAUCCAGGUUGCAUCAGUGCCACCUCCCAUGGUUCAAACCAAAGAGCCUUCCUAUUCUUUAGAAACACAAACAGCUCCUGGUCACGCAAUCCAUAUUGACACUACUGUAACCUCAGUGGCUCCCAUUAUGCCUCCUCAACCCAAAUCCAUACCACCCCAGGCCUCUACUACCUUGACCCCUGCAGCUCCAGUCACCCCUACCAUACCUGUGACCCCAGUGUCUCCAGUUGUGUAUCGUGACAAAACCACACCCACUGGCAGCCGCACGGGUAUUCUCCAAGAGGCCCGUUGCCGUAGCUUGUACAAGCCCAUGUUUAAGGUUCCUGACAUCAAGAAGAACUCACCAAAUCCUGAGCUUUUGUCCAUGGUGCAGAACUUAGAUGAACGACCCAGACGUGGGUAUUAUGAACCUGAAACUGUUCCUCAAAACACAGAUGACAGCAGGAUAAGGGUCCCACCACCUGUGGCUCCUAAGCCACGGAUCAUCACAGAAAUUUCACAGAUUCCUCAGGCUGAAGGAAAAGGUGCAGAGCUGUUUGCUCGUAGACAGAGUCGAAUGGAUUUGUUCGUUGUGGAUUCUCCACCACCACAGCAACCUUUACAGCAAACUCUACAACAGCAGCAAUCUCAAUCAGUCAUUGACCUGAUCCAUCCACUUGAGCCCUCUUCAGGCCAAUCCCAAUGGAAGUAUUCUCCAAACGUUCGAGCUCCUCCACCCAUAGGUUACAACCCUCUGCUGUCUCCCUCGUGUCCUGUUGGGCUCCAGCGUGGAGGGGCCAAGGUGUCUGAGGAAAGAUCCAAAGGAAGUAGGGGAGGUUAUGGGACCCAGAAAGAGGGUAUCAAGGCCUUAGACUUUAUGAGAAGGCAGCCUUACCAGCUGAACUCAGCAAUGUUUAGUUUUGGUGACGGAGUCAACACACAAUCAUCAAACCCCUCCUACCAGAGGCAACAGAGGGAGGGGCACACUCUGAACCUGCCCAGGCAGAUCCCAGUGAAGGCAGCACGUGUGUUUGAAAUUAAACGGUUUUCUACUCCCACCCCAAUGUCAGCCCCAACUCUCAACCCCACAGUGAUUGUACCACGUUCACAGACCACACUCGGUGAACAUCUGUCUCGCUCUGACAUGGCAUCUCCACCUCCAGCACCUGCUUCCCCACGUCCACCUGAAGCCAUACCUCAAUCCACCUCAGCACCUUCAAGGGUCCCAGGCCUUCCAGAACUUCCCAAAAUUUCAGCUGUGCCCAUUUCUCACCCUGUGCCGUACUCACCCCCAGCUCCCAUGUCAAGUAUGUCAAGCCUGAACUAUCCUGGCCUCCAAGCUGCCAAACAGUUCAAGAGCGCCCCUGAAUUAAGUUUCUUACCACCAAACCCCAUAAAGUCUCCAGUCCAGGCUCCCAAACCUCGGUUUAUUGCAUCACGAGUGGGCAUUCAGCCCCGUGUGUGGAGGCCUGGCACCCUGCCUCAGUAAAAAGAUUAUUUUCUAAGUUCAGACACUUGAUUCACUCCCCAAAAUUCAUACAAUUUUGAUUUGAUUCAUUUUUGAAGAAAACAGUGUUAAAUUGUGGGUUACUUAUUGAUUAAAAUAUUCUCUGUCAUAUUCAGUAUCUGUACCUGCAGUAUCAUGAGUAAACUCUUUAAAAAAAGGUGCUUCAAAAGGUUAUUCGAUGCCAUAGAUUCUAUGGCAUAGAAGAACCUUUUGGUUCCACAAAGAACCUUUAACAUCUCCUUUAUGUUGCAUAAAAAAAGCAAAAAAGGUACUUUAGAUUAUAAAAGGUAAGAAAGAGAUGGUUCUUUAAAGAACCUUUGACUGAAUGGUUCUUUGUGGAACCAAAAAUGGUUCUUAUGGCAUCGCUGUUAAGAACCUUUUAAGCACCUUUGUUUUUAAGAGUGUAUAUUGAUUUUUGCUUGUUUGUUAGAUCAGUGGUUCUCAAAUGGUUUUGCAUUUUAUUAUAGUUCAUUAUUUGCAUAUUAUUUGCAGUUUGCAUAUUGCAUAUUGCAUUCUGUACCCAACCAUUACAGAACAGCUGACAGUGAUAGCAUUUAAAAAAUAGUGCUAUAUAGCACUAAAAGGGUUUCUUGGCUCGUAAUGCUAGGGGAACCACUUUUAGUGCUAUAUACAGGGUUGUGAGUAAUGCGUUACAAAAGUAAUGCAUUUCAGUAACGUAUUACUUUUUGCUGUAACGCAGUAGUGUAAGGCAUUACUAAUCAAUUUUCAGUAAUAUUUUACUCGGUACGUUCAGUAAUGCUUGUGUUACAACAAACUUUUCGCCCGAGAGACAUUAACAAAUAAAAAAUCUGGCAAGUAAGUUCUAUUUCCUGUUCGUGAAUAGACGCGUGUGGUGUCAUUCAUCUCCCUCUGGCUGGUGGAACUAUUUUGUAUUGUAACGCGGGAUGGUUUCAGUCUCUGAGCUCGAGGUCCGAGGCUAUUGGUCCCGCCCGGUUCGCUGUAAGCGCCAGUGUUGCCAGGGUCGCGAUGUUGCCUCACAAUUGGGCUAUUUUGAAAAUGCAGUUGCGGGGAAAAUUAUGGAGUUGCGGGUUUUUGGGAUACUUUCAUAAUGUACAGCGGCCGCCAAAAUGUUUAUUUAUAUUCUAAGGAUAAAUGUUAAUUGAUGAGAUUCUUAAUGUGUAUUCACACUCAGAUGAAUACCUGGCAACUCCAGGACCGGCCCGUUCUCAAAAGUGUGGAACGAGCGUCUGACAGGCAGGCUACAGUACAGGCAGACACUCCACCCAAAAACGAAAAUUCUGUUAUGGAUUACUCAUCCUCUAGUUGUUCCAAACCUGUAUAAAUUUCUUUGUUCGGUUGAACACAAAGAUAUUUGGUAGAUAUUUGGUAGAAUGUUAGCAACUGAAAAUUCUUUGGCAUCAUUGACUACCAUAGCAGAAAAAAUAUAAUGGUAGUCAAAGGUGACCCAGAAUUGUUUGCUUUCCUAAAUCUCCCAAAACAUCUUUUGAGUUCAACAGAACAAAAAAUAUAUACUAUACCUAGGAAACCAUUCAGAUAAGUAAAUAUAGCAAUAGAAACGUCUUUUGGCAGUUGUUAACUUUGAUUUGACCCCGGAAAAUAAUUGGGCUAGUUUUCAUUCCAUUUGGGCGGGUUUUGAGGGGUCAUUGGGCUGCUUUCAGGAAGCUAGUUUGCAAGAUCCCUGUGACCAGCAGCAAUGACAAGGUAUGCUAACGUUUACAUGAUGACUAGCUAGAAUUCUAUAUAAUCUAGUUCAGUGAUGGGAUGGGACUAUUUUGUAUUUAAAUGUGUUUAAUCUUAGUAUUUUUGUAUUUUCAAACUAAAAUACUUUUUGCCAAUCAACCUCCUCAUUAGACUGCAUGGAUAGGCAGUGUUUCAAAUACAUCCAUUUGAAAUACAAAAUACUAUUAUUUUGUAAUAGUAUUUUGAAUUUAAAUGCAUUUAAUCUAGUUUUUUUGUAUUUAUUUGUGUAUUGCCUAGUUAAUUCAAGAAAUCAGCAAUCUAAAGAGGUUGAUUGGCAAAAAGUAUUUUGUAUUUUGAAAAUACAAAAAUACAAAGACUUAUUUUAGAAUGUUAAGUUCUACUUCUGUAGUUAUUUUGGUGAAAGUAACUCAAAAGUAAUACAGGAGUCAUGUAACGUAUUACAAUUCUGAGACAGUAAUAUUGUAAGGUAAGGGAUUACUUUUAAAUAACAGUAACAAGUAAUCUGUAAUGUAUUACAGUUUGGAAGUAACUUGCACAACACUGGCUAUAUAGAACCAAAUUUUGGUGCUUCAGUGGCUCUUCAGAGGUUCUUCAGCGGUUCUUUGGGAUGACUGAGGUGCUAUAUAGAACCGCUGAAGAACCAUACCGGGGCUUAACACUUUUCAAACCGUUGGUUAAGAUCUCUGUUUUGUUUUGAGAGUGUAUCAAAACUGAAAAACUGAGGUUUUCUAAAUUUGAAAUUCAUAUGUUAAUUCUGAAAAUACAGUGUAUUUGCUGUGAAAUGUUUAUCAAUAUGUAAACCUCCACCUGUGGUAAAUAACAACAUGUAAUAUUGUCUAUUUAACUGUUGGCAGUCACUGGAACGGAGAUCAUGUUAUAGAUGAGUUGGUCACUGACUGCUGGACAAGUGGGAUUAUGCAGUACAGUGUUCUCCUGUUAAAAGGGAUGAGGUCACAUGUAGAAAACAACAUUCUGAAAACCACUGCACAGCACUGCAUAGCGUAAGGUUGGACUGAUAAGUUUUUUUGCUUUUUAGAUAUUUUCCUAAGGGUAAACACGUUCCAGUUUUGACUUGGCAACCUGUAAGGUGAAGUGUCAUCCCUUCUGUUUACCUUACCUUUAGCUUGAUCUGCUUGGCACAUUCAAGAAGGGAACUGAGCUCAAAAAGGAGAGGUGAGGAUGGGAGACUAAGUAUCAAAAUUUGGAAAAAUAAAAACACCCAUAAAUGAGAAAACUGUUGACACACAGAGAGAAUAUAGUUCUAUAAUAUGAAUGUGAAUAGCAUAGAUCAGGUAAUUUAGUCCUGAAACAAUGAGGUAUUUUAAAGUUCAUUUUAAGAUCUCUGAUCGCAGACUUCUCAAAUGUUAAUAGUUUAAGAAACUAUUAAGAUUUAUAUGAAAGUCUAGUGGAAAAAUACAUGUUUCUAAGUGGAGAAUCAGGAGAUGUAACCUAAGCCCUUAAGACUCUGUUUGUUUUCUAUAUAAACUCAUUUCUGUUUAAGAGAAACAACAGAGAUAUCAAGAUCUCAUUAGUGAUUUUUCUUUCCUAUGGAUGCCCUUUCUCAGGCACAUGAGAAAUGAUAUCUCUCCUGGCAGAAGUUGUACUAAACAGGUGCAUGAGGGUCACAGCCUAUUUGUGGGAGCAAAGUAAACAAGGAACCAGGCUGAAUUAUUGAAAUGUGUCUGACCGAAUGUGUCGUAUUUAUAUGCCACUACUAAUCUAUUAAACAGAUGGGAUUCUUUUAAGUUACAUGUUUUAUUUUAUAAGAAUUUGAGUGGUCAAAUCAGCAAGUGAUGAAGGUUGGAAAGGAGAGAGUCUUAAAGACAGACUUGCAGUUUACCUGAGAACUGAAACAAGUCUGUCACAUGAAGACAUGUAUGAAAAGUGUAGCACUGUUUUAGCUUGUAGAGGGAACUGGUAUUAAUCAGGAUUCUCUCUGACACUUUUUUACAUGCGGGCAGAAAUACUGAUGACUUCUGGAGUAGAGUUUUCUGAAUGUGUUCCCAAAGCUCUCAGAAAAAUGAGGGAUGUCUUAAAAGAAAUCUGAGACCUUAGUUUAGGGAACAAUUGUUGAAAGUGUAAGAAAAUCAGUGUACUUGAAAUUCAGAGAGAAAAUAGUGUUUGCAGGAUUGGCAGGUGAAAAUGUUUCAUUUUAAAAUUUUCUCCUUUUUUAAACUUUAGUUUAGAAGUUGAAUAAGUUGCCAAAAGUAGAGUAGAUGUCAUUUUUAAAUCCUGAGCCAUGGUUUUAUUUGUCUUUUGUGUCAUCACGUUUUAUUUUAAGCUUUACUUUGGUCAGUGCUCUUAAUAUUAGCUGUUGUACAAAUCAUUUGAUCAAUUUGUCCUUGUAAAAUGUGCUUUUAAUGUCUCUAAAUGAUAUUUUUCUGUGCAAUACCUGUAUUUAGUUUAACCUUAGGAUGUAAAUCUGAAGUGUGUAAUGUCCAUGAAUUGGCAAGUUUGAAUAAAAUGUGUCUGUAAUUUUACACAGUGUCUGUCUCAUGGCAUUACAUGGUGCACUGGCAUCACGCAAUAGAGAAUGCAGAAAUGUAACAUACGUGCUCUCAUUUUGUUGCUCGAUUUAAAGAAAUGUUACAAAAUCAGUUUGAUGUGAUGUUUUUAUAAAAGAAAUCAGGGUCAGAACAGACCUUUUGUAAUCAAGGAAACUGUUCACCACAUGGUGGCGCCUCUGUUCCACAUU